CCAUCCCCCCGCCCUCCGUAGCCCUCCGCCCUUAUAGCGGCGGGGGCGGGGGAGGGAGCACUCGGCCGGCGGCGGCACGCGCAGGUUUUUGAACCCCCACUGAGUCAUCACCAGCUUGGUUCAAGAUGCCACCGGCCGUCGGAGGCCCAGUGGGAUACACUCCUCCUGAAGGAGGGUGGGGAUGGGCUGUGGUCAUCGGAGCCUUCAUCUCCAUUGGGUUUUCCUAUGCCUUCCCCAAAUCCAUCACUGUGUUCUUCAAAGAGAUUGAGGUCAUCUUCAACGCAUCCAGCAGCAAAGUCUCAUGGAUCUCCUCCAUCAUGCUGGCUGUGAUGUACGCGGGAGGUCCCAUCAGCAGCAUCCUGGUGAACAAGUAUGGCAGCAGGCCCAUCAUGAUCGCAGGCGGCUGCCUCUCGGGCUGCGGGCUGAUUGCAGCCUCCUUCUGCAACACGGUGGAGGAGCUCUACUUCUGCGUGGGGGUCGUGGGGGGCCUUGGACUUGCAUUUAACUUGAACCCAGCCUUAACCAUGAUUGGCAAAUACUUCUUCAAGAAGCGCCCCUUGGCCAAUGGGCUGGCCAUGGCAGGCAGCCCUGUCUUCCUCUCCACCCUGGCACCCGUCAACCAGCUCUUCUUUGGCAUAUUUGGCUGGCGUGGCAGCUUCCUCAUCCUCGGUGGUCUCUUGCUGAACUGCUGUGUCGCUGGGUCCCUGAUGCGGCCCAUUGGCCCCAAGCCAGAUCAGCUGAAGAAAGAGGCCAAUAAGGAGGUGCUGCAGGAAGCUGGGAAGGUGGUGAAAAAGGAUGAUGGUGACACCAGCACAGACCUCAUUGGUGGGAAGGCCAAAAAACAGAAGAGCACACUGUUCCAGACAAUCAACAAGUUCUUGGACCUGUCCCUGUUCACGCACAGAGGCUUCCUGCUCUACCUGUCAGGCAAUGUGAUCAUGUUCUUUGGGCUCUUCACCCCCUUGGUCUUCCUCAGCAAUUAUGCAAAGAGCAAGAAGAUUGCUAACGAGUCUGCAGCCUUCCUGCUCUCCAUCCUGGCCUUUGUUGACAUGGUGGCCAGACCUUCCAUGGGACUGGUGGCAAACACCAAGUGGAUCAGACCCAGAGUCCAGUACUUCUUUGCCAUCUCUGUGAUUUACAACGGGGUCUGCCACCUCCUGGCCCCCAUGUCCACCACCUACGCUGGCUUCUGCAUCUAUGCUGGCUUCUUUGGCUUUGCCUUUGGCUGGCUGAGCUCAGUCCUCUUUGAGACCCUGAUGGACCUGGUGGGAGCUCAGCGCUUCUCCAGUGCUGUUGGCCUGGUGACCAUUGUGGAGUGCUGCCCUGUGCUGCUGGGACCACCUCUGCUAGGGAAGCUCAACGACAUGUAUGGUGACUACAAGUACACAUACUGGGCCUGUGGGGUCAUCCUCAUCAUCUCUGGGAUCUACCUCUUCAUCGGGAUGGGCAUCAACUACCGCCUGGUGGCAAAGGAGCAGAAGGCAGAGGAGAAAGCAAAGAAGGAAGGGAAGGAGGAGGAGACCAACGUGGACGAGGUUGAGAAGCAGAAAGAGGCAAACAACGACGUGACCCCCUCGCCUCAGAAGAGCACGGAGGACGGAGUCAAAGAGGAGGAGAGCCACAUGUGAGGGACCGGUGUCAAUCCCGGAGCGUCGGGGAAGCGCCACUGCCCUGGCGCGGCGGUCGGGGCGGUGCUCCGCUGGCCUGGGCAGCUGUGAGAAGUGUUUAAACCAGGGGUUCAUUUUAACCAGGCUCUGAAUUGUCUUUCCAUCUGUGUUCAACAAAGGUGUCAGGGCUAUGCACGCAGUAUCCUCGUGUCGGGGCAGGGGGGCUUUUAUACCGGGGCUUUUUAACAGUAACAUGAAUGUACUAAUCCGUGCCUUAAGCUGAACCUGCACCAGCCUUAGCUCUAAGCCGUGCUUUAGCUCUGUAUUCUGCUGGGGGGGUGGGGUUUGGGGGGGUGUCUGCCUGUGUUUUGUGGGAGUUCUGUUGUUAAAAAGCCAUAAAAAGCAGGAUACUGGAUUUGUUGAAGCAUGAUGGGUUUCGGGGCCAGCCCUGGAUGAAUCCUGCUUCACACGCUUCUUACUGCAAGCCCUCCGUGGAGGGGGGAGCUGGGCAUGGGGCAGGGUGGUCUUUGCCCCUGUGCCUCCUGCCUCUGUAGGUGGUCUUUAGGUAUGUUUUGAAAACACUUUAGCUACUGUAGUUCUUAAAUCCCUCUUCUCUAGCUGUGCUCUCACGGGAUAUUCGGGUUGGAGACAGAUGGCUGUGGCUCACGCUGGGCAGCGCUGCCCGGCCCCUGCAGCCCAGCCCUCUGUGGAGUGGGCUGGGAUCCUCCUGCUCCCCAGCUCUGCCCUGGCAGUGCCUCUUGCCAGCCCAGCUGUGAGUGUCAUGAUAUACAUGUGACCCUAGGGCCUUGGCUGCUGGUGCUGGGUUUUGGGACUUCCAGCCCUGGUCCUGCUUGCCCCAUCCCUCUCACGGGCGGGCAUCCAGCAGAGCAUCCCUGCGCUCGUUUAAUCCCUGUGCCAAUGGAUCCCACCCAGAUGGGUAUUUGGGCAGAGCAGAGGGGUGGAGGUGGGUGGAGCUGGUACAUCUGUGAGACCAAGCCUUCUGCUUUCGCUCUUCUAUCCCUUAGAGUAAACCUCUUUUACUUGCUUCUGUUCAACUGAGACCUUAAGGCGGCCGAUGCCGAACCACUCAUCUAGGACAUGGAAGGGGGAGGAAAGAAUUUGUACGUAUUUAUUUUUUACUUUUUAGUGCUGGAAAAUAUCUCAACGUACGUGGAGCAGGUUUCAUGGCUCUCAAGUUCUAGUAAAUGUUGAUCAGAAAUGAUGUUAAGAGGCUGAGGUUUUGUUUUUGGUUUUUUUUUUUUCAAAUAAACUACCUUUUUUUUUUUUU